CUCACGGAGUUCGCAUCGUACUAAUCGUACUACGAGUGAUUCAAGAUGACUGGUCGUGGUAAAGGAGGAAAGGGAUUAGGAAAGGGAGGAGCAAAGCGCCAUAGGAAGGUCUUGCGUGAUAACAUCCAAGGUAUCACCAAGCCAGCCAUUCGCCGAUUGGCCAGACGUGGCGGUGUAAAGCGUAUUUCUGGCUUGAUAUACGAGGAGACCAGAGGUGUCCUAAAAGUCUUCCUGGAAAAUGUCAUUCGUGACGCUGUUACUUACACCGAACACGCCAAGAGGAAGACCGUAACCGCCAUGGACGUCGUCUACGCCUUGAAACGACAGGGAAGGACCCUAUACGGUUUCGGCGGUUAAUGCGAUCUACGACUCGUCACAAAUCAAAACAACGGCCCUUUUCA